CCCCUGAUGGGUGGAGUAAAGCAAUCAGGAGUAAGUACAGCUCACCCGGAGCCUGCUCCCUCAGUCUGCCACAGACUCCACACAGGCACACACUCCUCAGACAGGAAGCUGAGCAAUCCUAGGUCAAAAUGACAGAACGCUACGACUGCCACUACUGCAAAGAGUCCCUGUUUGGGAAGAAGUAUGUUCUGCGAGAGGAAAAUCCCUACUGUGUGAAAUGUUAUGAAAGCCUGUACUCCAACACCUGUGAGGAGUGCAAGAAGCCUAUUGGCUGUAACACCAGGGAUCUUUCCUACAAGGACCGUCACUGGCAUGAGGAAUGCUUUAAGUGCUUCCAGUGCAAGCGCUCCCUGGUGGACAAGCCCUUCUCUACCAAGGAUGAGCAGCUCCUUUGCACCGAGUGCUACUCCAACGAGUAUUCCUCCAAGUGCCAUGAGUGCAAGAAAACCAUCAUGCCAGGCUCCAGGAAGAUGGAGCACAAGGGGAACAGCUGGCACGAGACCUGUUUCACCUGCAAGCGAUGCCAGCAGCCUAUUGGCACCAAGAGCUUCAUCCCCAAGGACAACCAGAACUUCUGCGUGCCCUGCUAUGAGAAGCAGUUUGCCAUGCAUUGUGUGCACUGCAAGAAGCCCAUCACCACUGGCGGGGUGACCUACCGUGACCAGCCCUGGCACAAGGACUGCUUCCUUUGCACUAGCUGCAAGCAGCAGCUGUCUGGACAGAGGUUUACCUCCAGAGACGACUUUGCCUACUGCCUCAACUGCUUCUGCAACCUUUAUGCUAAGAAAUGUGCCUCGUGCACCACCCCCAUUAGCGGUCUUGGUGGCAGCAAGUACAUCUCCUUUGAGGAGCGCCAGUGGCACAAUGACUGCUUCAACUGUAAGAAGUGCUCCGUGUCCCUGGUUGGCCGUGGCUUUCUCACCGAACGCGACGACAUCCUGUGCCCAGAGUGCGGCAAAGAUAUCUAAUUCAGCCUGAGUGAUGACCGUUACAUCUGACGGGAUGACUGCUUUAUGAUCAGGGAAUGAUGCAGAGUUGAUAAAUUCUAUUUGAGCACAGUGCAUAACAUCUAUAACAUCGUUACUACAAAGCAUUACUAUGAAUGUACAUGAAAUACAAGCUACUAACAGUGUUGUUUGAGAUUAGAGAGUUAAUUUAAGUUAAAUGUUCACUCUUUGAGGAAAAAAAAGUAAUUACUAAUCAAUAAAUGUAGGCAUGAAUCUACUGUAAUGUGCUCAUGAAGAGAAAAUGUUUCCAAGUAGAUACUGUAUGAAGGAUUCUGAAGAAAAUCUACAAUAUUACUGCACAAUAUCAGCUUUGCAGAAUAAUAGUAAUUACUGCUUUGUGCAUGUAAUUAGAGGUUUUGUGACGUUUAACCACUUAAAUAUAAAAAUUGCAUAUUUAUUCUUAUAACGGAAUAAAUAUGAAUAAAUUGCAUGAAAGAUGAAAAAUAUAAAUAAAUACAUUCUGCAUGAAAUAAGAUGAUUUCAGGAUUUCUAAACAUAACACAAAAACAAAAAAACAAACAAAAAAAAAAUUAAAAAUGGCCAAGUCAAAAUGAGAAAAGAUUAAAACUGUUCUAGAGAAGCACUACAGAUUGCUCGGUGGAAGAUUUUUAUCAUUUCAUUCAGUUUUACCCCAAUGUUCAGUUGAACAUCAUGUCAAACAUGACACAUAAAGCCUGUGAAGUUUCUAACAUAAUUAAAUCAAUAAACAUCCUUAAUUUUUU